AUGAGAUACCUCUGCAAUAAUAUCAAUGAAAUUCUGCGCCUGUAUCCAGCGUUGCCUUUCAACAGUCGCACUGCACUCGCGGACACCGUUUUGCCGAUUGGCGGUGGUCCGAACGAUGAUAUGCCGAUCACAGUACUGAAGGGUGAUAUCAUUAUCUACUCGACGCCGGCCUUACAUAGGCGCAAAGAUCUAAAUCCGCCCGCCUCUGAAAGCUUUGCAGACCCAGGUAUCUUCUCGCCGGGACGUUAG